CAGAUUAUCGUAUUUAAUGCACUUACCAUAUCCUCUCUAUAUCUGUGUAUAUAUAUCUCAAGGAUAAACAUUAAACAGUUGCAACUAACAGAAGAUUUCAUCUUUUUAGUUCAAUUUUAAGGAGGGAAAAGAAACCCCCUCCCUUUUUGUUUUCCUCCUAUAAAUCGAAGGCAGAGCUUUAAAAACAAGAGUGUUGAAAGAAAAAAGUUCAAAAAUGGUGGAAAUGUUUGCGGCUGAGAAUGGACUUAAAGGAGACCCAAGGCUUCAAGCUAUAUCAAACGCCAUAAGGGUUGUUCCUCACUUCCCAAAACAAGGGAUUAUGUUCCAAGACAUAACAACUUUGUUGUUGGAUCACAAGGCGUUUAAAAAUACGGUGGACAUAUUUGUCGAUCGAUAUAAAGACAUGAAUAUCUCUGUCGUUGCUGGAGUUGAAGCAAGAGGAUUCAUGUUUGGUCCAACGAUUGCCUUAGCCAUUGGUGCGAAGUUUGUUCCUCUGCGAAAACCCAAAAAGUUGCCAGGUGAAGUGAUAGCAGAAGCUUAUGAGCUGGAGUAUGGAAGUGACUGCUUGGAGAUGCAUGUUGGUGCUGUUGAGGCAGGGGAACGUGCUAUUGUGAUUGAUGAUUUGGUUGCAACUGGUGGAACUCUCUCUGCUGCCAUUUCACUCUUAGAACGUGUUGGUGCUGAAGUGGUGGAAUGUGCAUGUGUUAUCGGACUCCGGGAGGUUAAGGGACAACGUAGGCUUAAUGGAAAGCCACUUUAUAUUCUUGUGGAGCCACGUGAAAUAGAUAGCUGUUGAUAUUUAUAUGUUGAUUUGCAGAGAAGGGCUCAUUUUGUAUGAUUCAUUAUUUUUCUUAUGAAAAUAUGUCCAUCUUCCGCCUAGCUAUGUUUCCAUUUUAGCCAAAAAAAAGGCUUCCAUGCACAAAUUAUGAAGAAAUCAUCUAUAUAUUGAUUCAUCUUUCCCCAUAAAA